AUGUCAGACAACCCGUUCGCCGAUCCGUUUGCCGUAAGUUUUCUUCUUGCUUUUCAGAUUUAUUUUUUCUUAUUUGUUGUUGUUUCUCCCAGUCUAUUGCUUCGUAUUUUCAGGCGCCCCCUCCAGCGAAACCCGCUCCACCAGCUUCCAGUGGCGGCAGCAGCAAUCUCAAUGAGGACUUCAAUCCGUUUGCCAACCGAGCCGGCUCAUCAAAUGCUCAGCCAACCGCGCAUCAGGUUUGCCUUCUUCUUCUCCUUUUUUCGUGGGUUUCUGCGCCCAUGUUUCAUGAAGCCCCCAGGGCACACUCGCUGCAACGCAUUGAUUAAUCGAAGAAGGAGCGACAGCAGAAGAAAAAAGGCGAAAAAGAGACACACGGACUCUGAGAGCUCUCUCCCUUAAAACAACGUCAUCGCCCAUUUUCCUUUUCUUUUUCCCGCUUUUAAUCAAUAAGGAAUCAUUGAAUCUUUCAGCCCGCGGCUGCUGCCAGCGGCUUUGGCAACAAAUCGGCGGGGAUGGACGAUGAGCUGUUUCGAAAGCAGCAAGAUCUCGAGCGAAGAGCUCAGGAACUGCGAAUGAGGGAAGAGGAGUUGGAUAGAAGACAGAGGAAUACCAACAACUGUGAGUCAGCUCAUCCUUCCGACUAAUCUCAACAGAAGUCUGUUUUCAGUGAACACAGGCGCCGCAAAUAAUGCGCCACGUCCUCACAACUGGCCGCCGCUCCCCACGAUCAUCCCAAUCGAGCCGUGCUUCUAUCAGGACAUCGAAGUGGAAAUUCCAGUGCAAUUCCAGAAGACGGUCACAUUUGCCUACUACGUGUUCCUUGUCUACGUGCUCGCUCUCGUUGUCAACGUCGUCGCCUCGCUGUUCUUCAUGAUCUUCGCGCAUGGAUCCGUCGGACAGCUCUUUCUUGCUGGCAUUCAGCUGGCUCUCUUUUCGCCGUGCUCGUUCCUCUUCUGGUUCCGACCGGUGUACAAGGCGUUCCGCAACGACUCCUCGUUCAACUUCAUGGUUUUCUUUUUCGUUCUUUUCUUCCACUGCAUUUUUACCUUCGUACAAACUCUUGGACUUUCCUCGUAUGCUUGUGGAUGGAUCAAUGCUCUUGACACCUUCAGUGGUAUGUCGCUCUCGUAUUGUUUUUAUAACUGAAUUCUGUAACUUUCAGUCUCGGUGCCCGUUGCUCUUCUCAUGCUCAUCUCGGCCAUCACUUUCACCGUUGCUCUCGUCGGAAUGAUCACCGCCCUCGUCAGAGUGCACCGCCUGUACCGUGGUGCUGGAUUCUCGAUCGACAAGGCUCGUCAGGAGUUCACCAACGGAGUCAUGUCGGAUUCGGGAGUGCAGAGAGCCGCCUCGGCCGCCACUCAAGCUGCCGCCGGAGCUGCUUUCAAUCAGGCCACUCAGGGACGAUUCUAG